AUGAGCCUUAGAAUCCUUUAUAUUUUCAUGCAGCUCAGCUCAGAAGGUCUCUAUUUGUCCAAAACGGGUGAGGCUAUCCUCACCCAGCCAAUGAGCAUGUUUGGGGCAAAGGACAUGACGCUGCAAGGCUUGGCUAUGGGCGAUAACUUGGCCAAGGAGCAGACUCCGGUCGUGAGCAAAGGAGACAUCGCACCUAUCGACAAACCUCUUGCGAAAAGAAAGGUCGCGCCCAAGGCAACUCCUAAGAAAGCUACUCCUAAAAAAGCCACACCAAAAGCAGCUCCCAAGAAGGUGACCCCAAAGACAGCACCAAAAGCAGCACCAAAAGCAGCACCAAAAGCAGCUCCUAAGAAAGCUAUACCAAAGAAGACAACUGCACCCAAGAAAGCUACACCCAAAAAAGCUACACCCAAGAAGACAACGCCUAAGGUUUCAGCGCCCAAGAAGACUACGCCCAAGAAGACAUUAUCUAAGAAGACGGCCCCUAAAAAGACAAUUCCUAAGAAAACAGCUCCUAAAAAGAUAGCGCCUAAAAAGACGGCUGCGAAAAAAGCUACUCCUAAGAAGACAACUCCUAAAAAGACGACUCUUAAAAAGACGGCUCCUAAGAAAUCAAGUAAGAAGGCUACUCUAAAAGCAGCUUCUACGAAGUCUAGGAAGGGAAAGUCUACACCGAAAGGGAAAGGUGCUGCUAAACCUCCUAAGAGCCAGGGUUCUUCUAUGGUAAAGGCUUCUAGCAAGGGUAAAGCUGUUCCUAAGCCCAAGGCUCGCCCCAAGGGGAAGGGUAGUACAAAGGGAAAGGCGGUUGCCCAGCACAAAGCCAGUGGCAAAGGAAAGAGCCGCUCCGGCAGAAAGUCUCCUGAUACGGCGAAAGCUGGUCCAAAGAGCAAGGCUACCGCUAAGGGUGAUGCCGGCCGCAAGGACAAUAUUCCAACGAAGAGCAAGGCCUCCGAGAGAAACAGUGCUGCCAAGGGUAAAUCUGGCCCUAAGGCUAAGGCAAGUCGCAAAGGAAAGACCAUUCCCAAGGGUAUAUCUAGACCUAGAGGUAAGGUUGGUUCCAACUGGAAAUCAGUACCUGGAAAGGUUGAUGCUAAGGGGAGGACUGGAAAGGGCAAAAGUGCCUCAAAAGGGAAAUCCGGUCCCAAAGGAAAGGGUGCAUUGAAGGGAGCAGCCGGUCGCAAGGUAAAGGGUGUUUCCAAGAGCAAGACUUCCAAAGGAAAGGGUGCAUCUCAGGGACCUACUGGCCGCAAGCAAAAAGGUGCUUCCACGAGCAAGGCUCCUAAAGAGAAGGGCGUGCCCAAGGCAACAGCCAGCCGUAAGGGAAAGGGUGUUUCUAACAGUGAGGCUUCCAAGAGCGAGAGUUCUAAGAGCAGGGCUUCUAAGAGAAAAACUUCCAGAGGAAAGGGUGCACCCAGCGGAACAGCCAGUCGCAAGCUAAAAGGUGCUUCCAAGAUCAAGACAUCUAAGGGAAGGGCUACACCUAAAACUAAAGGGGCUGUUAAGGGCAAGACUCCUAAGCAGAAGUCUACCUCCAAGGGCAAACAUGGGGCGAAGAGACAAGGUGCCAAGGCCAGAACCGGCCUCAAGAGUAAGAGUGCUGCCACGGGCAAUGAUCCGAAGGUAAACAAUCCUGCCCAAGCGAAGGCUGGCUCCCCCAAGGCUGGUUCAGUAUUUGGGUGCCGAGAUGCCAAGAAAAAGGACAAGACAAAGGACAAGACAAUCACCCCCAUUGUCCCUACGUGGGUGAAGCAAGGUAGUUCGAUCCAGUGGCAUAACGUUGCUGAAUCGGGCCCCACGAAGAAUCAUGAGGAGUCUAACAUCAUCAGUGGGGAAGCUUUGAAAGAGGAUCGUCCGAAUCAGGUCAAACACACCCUCAAUGAUGGACAACAUACCAUGUACCAGGCUGUUUGGCCUCCCCUUGGCCCGCCCCUGCCGGAAGGCACGAAAAGCAUUCACGUGAAGUUUGGCGAUGGCGAUCCUGAAAGAAAUAAAAAGUAUAUGACCCAUGGUCCUCCGCCUUCAAUCGCGUUCAGCGGAGGGCAAGACCCGGGGGAUCGCGCGAAGAGAAACGCUUGGAAAGAUGCUGUUGAAAAGGCAAAGAAGGAGGGCAAGCCUGAACCCCCAAGGAUUCCAGAAAUGGAUAAAAAGAAACAGGAAUUCAUACCCCGCCCAGGCAAAGUACAGGAGCAGGCUGUUUUUUCAAAUCCUCUACGCAAAGAUGGCCGGCGAUACUCUGAGAUACACGAGGUUUGGCCCAAGACUAAGGAGCAGCUCGAAAAGCAACAUAAGGACUUGGAGUUACCAGGCCCCGUCGAUGAGCCCUGGUCCAUCGAAAAAACGCACCAGGAAGUAGGCAAGCAGCUGCAUGUUUUUCCAAACCACGCGGCUGGCGUUGAUGGCACAGCUCACAAGCACUACACUGACGAGAUGAAAAAAAUGACCAACUUCAGGGCGUUUCCCGGACCUGUUGGUGAUUCCGGACCUGCUGGUGAUGAUUCAGAAAUCGACUAA